ACAUUUUUACUGACUGUUCUAGUUAAUUUUCCCAUGAAUAAUCAAAAUCAGAUCUUCUGUGGAUUUAGUCGAUCCCCACUGGAGCUUCUUUGGUUCCUCAAGAAAAAAACAGCUUCUCAUUGUCGAAUUGCUAAUAAGGAGGAGAAAUGGAAGAAGAGUCAGUCAUCCUGCAACUACCCACUUCAGCAUUUUGGUCGCCCAAACAACUUCUUCCUCUGUAAGCGCCUGCUCUUGCUUCUUCAACUGCUCGCGUUAAUCUCCCAUUCUGUUUCAAGCCAAGCGUGGGAUGGGGUUGUUGUCACUCAGGCAGAUUACCAAGCACUUCAAGCCUUCAAACACGAGGUAAUUGAUAUUAAACGGGUCUUGCGGAGCUGGAAUGACAGCGGCUAUGGAGCUUGUUCAGGAGGGUGGAUUGGGAUCAAGUGCGUCAAAGGGCAGGUUAUAUUGAUCCAGCUCCCUUGGAAAGGAUUGGGUGGGCGAAUCUCUGAGAAGAUAGGUCAACUCCAAGCACUUCGAAAGCUUAGCCUUCAUGAUAACAACAUUGGGGGUGUGAUUCCUUCUUCCCUGGGCUUCCUCUCCAAUCUCAGAGGAGUUUCUCUCUUCAACAACAGACUGUCAGGUUCAAUCCCUCCUUCACUCGGUUCAUGCCCUUCACUUCAGACUCUUGAUGUUAGUAACAAUUUGCUUACUGGAACAAUCCCUGCUAGUCUAGCCAACUCUACUAAGCUUUACAGACUCAACCUUAGCUUCAACUCUCUGACAGGUUCGAUACCUCCUGCUGUCACUGGUUCCUCUUCUCUGACCUUCUUAGCCCUCCAAUAUAACAACCUCUCAGGUUCUAUUCCUGAUAAUUGGGGAGGUACCAAAGAUGACAAAUAUUAUCAGCUUCUGUCCUUGACCCUUGAUCAUAACUCUUUUUCUAAAAACAUACCUGUUUCUUUGAGCAAGUUGGUAAGGCUAGAAGAGAUUUCUUUAAGUCAUAAUCAGAUCAAUGGAACCAUACCCAGUGAAAUCGGGAGGCUUUCGAGACUCCAAAGAUUAGAUUUGUCUGCAAAUGCCAUUCAUGGAAGCUUCCCUGCUAGUCUCUGCAACCUCUCUUCCCUUGUUCAAUUGAAUCUAGAGGGCAACCAUCUAGAUAAUCGAAUCCCAGAAGAUGUGAACAGACUACAUAAUCUCUCCAUUCUGAACCUGAGUAGAAACCAGUUCAACAACCAGAUACCAGUGACUGUUGGGAACAUCUCCAGCCUCACCCAACUUGAUUUAUCCCAAAAUAGACUCACUGGAGGUAUUCCAGCUUCUCUUAUCAAUCUGACUAACAUAAUUUCUUUCAAUGUGUCCUACAACAACCUUUCUGGUCCUGUUCCCUUUCUCUUGUCUGAAAAGUUCAAUUCAACCUCUUUCCUCGGGAACCUUCAGCUGUGUGGAUACAGUGUUUCAACCCCUUGUCCUUCUGCUCCACCUCCAUCACUGGAGACUACCAAACCCUGCCACCGAAAAUUAAGUGCCAAAGACAUAAUUCUCAUAGCCGCAGGAGCCCUCCUGGCAGUUUUGCUGUUAUUGUGUUGUAUCUUGCUGGGCUGCUUGAUCAGGAAGAGGGCUGCUUCUAAAGCGAAGAAUGGUGAGACAGGCGGAAGGGCUACUGCCACAAAAGGCGAGAAGGGUGCACCUGCUACUGGAACUGAAGUUGAAUCAGGGGGUGAAGUAGGAGGGAAAUUAGUCCACUUUGAUGGGCCAUUGAUGUUCACAGCUGAUGAUCUUUUGUGUGCUACAGCUGAGAUAAUGGGGAAGAGUACUUAUGGGACAGCGUAUAAGGCAACAUUGGAGGAUGGGAGUGAAGUUGCAGUAAAGAGGUUGAGGGAGAAGAUUGCGAAGACUCAUAGGGAAUUUGAAGUGGAAGUGAAUGCACUGGGGAAGAUUCGACACCCAAAUCUUUUGGCUCUCAGGGCUUAUUACUUAGGACCCAAAGGAGAGAAGCUUCUUGUGUUUGAUUUCAGGCCUAAAGGGAGUCUCGCAUCUUUCCUCCACACUCGAGGACCGGACACAGCGAUCGAUUGGCAAACAAGGAUGAACAUAGCCAUGGGCACAACAAGAGGCUUGUGGUACCUUCACACGAAUGAGAACAUAGUGCUUGGGAACCUGACCUCAAGCAACAUACUUCUGGAUGAGAACAUCAAUGCCAAGAUUGCAGACUAUGGCCUCUCUCGGAUUAUGACUACUGCUGGCGCGUUAGGCUACCGUGCACCUGAGCUCUCAAAGCUCAAGAAGGCCAAUACAAAGACAGACGUCUACAGCCUUGGAGUGAUCAUACUGGAGCUCCUUACAGGGAAGUCCCCAGGUGAGGCAAUGAAUGGUGUAGACUUACCCCAGUGGGUGGCAUCUAUCGUUAAGGAGGAAUGGACUAACGAGGUCUUUGAUCUGGAGCUGAUGAGUGAUGCAUCAAUAACAGGUGAUGAGUUGCUCAAUACCUUAAAAUUGGCUCUGCAUUGUGUUGACCCUUCACCAGCUGCAAGGCCAGACGUUCAGCAAGUGCUCCAGCAACUGGAAGAGAUAAAGCCAGAACUAGCUGCCAGUACCAGCUCUGGAGACGAUGGUGCAGGAGUUCCAUCAACAAGUGAAUAAUGGAGAAUUAAGUUAUGGAUUAUGACAAGGACAAACUAGGAGAAUGAGAGUAGUUCAUAAUUCUUU